ACAUUCGAUAUAUCAAUCAUUAGUUCAUCAAAAUUUGGUGAAAAAAAAAAAAUGCAUUCACAUAUUCAAUUUGAAUGGCUCAUAUUAUAGAAUCCAACAAUGUAUGAAAUGUCACAAAUCACAAACAACAAUAAUAAUAAUCAUCAUAAUAAUGAUCUAACAUCUAUGGACACAAGCGAUGAUGAUGAUAGUGAUCAAAAAUCCAACAAUAACAAUAGCUAUAAAGAACGUCGACGUGAAGCACAUACACAAGCGGAACAAAAACGUCGUGAUGCAAUAAAAAAAGGUUAUGAAGAUCUACAAUUAUUGGUACCAUCGUGUACACAACAGGAUGCUGUCUCUUCAUACAAAUUGAGUAAAGCGGCAAUUCUACAACGAAGUAUCGAAUAUAUUCAAACAUUACAACAACAGAAACAUAAACGUGAAAAAGAACUUCAAACAUUGCGAAAAGAAGUUCUUGGAUUGGAGAUAAUGCGAAAUAAUUAUGAACAAAUGGUUCAUCAACAGCAGCAGCAGCAACAACAACAACAACAAAGGCGACAACAACAAACUUCACAACAAUCAUCACAGAUUUCAUCAGAUUUAAUGAAUUAUAAUAAUAAUGAACAUCAAAUGAUAUCGGAUGAAAUGAAAUUUGAAAUAUUCAAAACAUUAUGUGAUGGACUUUUCUUAUCAUUCGAUGAUUCAGUAAAUGUUGGUAGCUUUAAUCAAUUAUCUGCAUGUACAUUCCGUUGGUUAGAGGAUCAAUGUCAACCUAGGAAUCUACGACAAAUAAUGGUACAGAUAUUGGAACAGCUUAAAACACAAAUUGCAUGAUGUGAUUGCAUUUAAUUUUCUAAUAAUAAUAAUUUUGAUUUAUAUUAAUUCUGAAUUCUGAAUUUUCAUGAUUCUCUCUAUUUUUUUGUGAUAAAGAAUUUUGUUUUGUUCUCAUUUCUAAAUAAAUUUGUUAUUUCUAUUG